CCAUUACGUCAUGCAAAUUCAAAUCAAACCGUAACGCAGAUGUUCGAAAAGGCGGGUUUUAUCUUGAAGCUCGUAUCAACAGGCAGUUGAAUAAAAAUAGUUUAUGUGAUUGUCGCCGAAAAAAAGAUUCAGUGUACCUAAGAUUUUUUGGAAAUAAUCUUUUUUUGAAGUUGAAGAUAACGACUAAUAAGUAAAUAACCAGAAGGAUGGAUCGUCGAUACUUGGGGAUGAAUUUCGAUCGAAUUCUUGUUCAGACUGCUAAUAUUCCAGCAGCAGGAAGACUUAAUUAUCAAUACACUCAAGAAGAUUCCUAUAGGGACAAUUUCAGAGGUGUGUCAAACCAGGUUCAGCGAAAAAUCAAAAUGAGUGCAGGCAAAUAUAAGGUCCAAGAGAGCAGGAAGCACACUGUUGGUCCAUCACGAAUGAAUUCAGGAAUCAAAACUUCAAUCAAACAAGUUCAAAGCAAGAAAAAACUUACAAUUGACUUGCCAAAAGAGAAGAAGAAGCCUAAAGUGAUGAAGUCUAUUGAUAAUACGUCUGAUAAAGUGAAAAUGGAAAUAUUUUUGGAGAAAGGCAAAACAGGUGUUUUUAUCACCAAAGUGAAAGUUGGAUCACGUGUACGAUGGCAGAAUGUGAGGGAGGAGAAGCGGGCCCUGAGGUACCACCCAGCCGUUAGGAAAUGGCAGACUGUAAUGACUGCAGUAGCCACAAUGAAAAAUCACAAAACACUUCACAUUUCUUUGACAAAGGAUGAAUCAAAGCGUUACAAGACUGGGGACUUACUAGAAGAGACAAAGGCAAAACCUCAACCAAAACCAGGUAUGGCAAACCAACAGAUAAUUUACUAUCAAGUAAACAAUAGUGUGUGCAAUGCUGGGCCAUCUACUUUAGCUCACUGCGUAGAAGACAGCCAUGAAAUCUACAAGCUGAUCUAGUUUCUAUUGUUCCGACUAUUCAACUGAUGAAAUCGAUGAUACAUUUUGAAGCUGAAAACACAAUGUCAAAUGUUUUUGUUAAUAUGAAUUUGUGUGGGAUUUUAAAAAAUUUCCUUCGUCUAUGUUUUAAAAAAUAAUUUUAUAUUAAAGUUAUGAAACUUUGUA